AUGAACAAGUAUGAAGUUAUUGGAGUCGUAGGCGAAGGAGCCUACGGAGUCGUAUUAAAGUGCAAAAAUAAAGAAACAGGUGAGAUAGUCGCUAUCAAAAAAUUUAAAGAAAGUGAAGACGAAGAAGCUGUAAAAAAAGCUACAAUAAGAGAAGUCAAAAUCCUAAAAAUGCUCAACCAGGAAAAUAUAGUUGCCUUAAAAGAAGCGUUUCGCAGACAAGGCAAACUCUAUCUGGUUCUAGAAUACGUCGACCAAAACUUACUAGAAAUCCUUGAGAGCAGCCAGAAUGGGAUUGAGCCCCAAAAAGUAAAAAGCUACAUCUAUCAGUUAUGCAAAGCCAUAGAUUACUGUCAUAGACAAGAAGUUAUUCAUAGGGAUAUUAAGCCUGAGAAUCUACUAAUUUCUCUAGAUCACAAAUUAAAAAUUUGCGAUUUUGGUUUUGCAAGAACAAUCGGGAAUUAUGGCCAAUUAACGGAUUAUGUAGCAACUAGAUGAUAUAGAUCUCCUGAGCUUCUAUUAGGAGGGAAUUAUGGGAAAGAGGUAGAUAUAUGGGCAAUUGGCUGCAUAAUGGGCGAACUCGCAGAUGGACAGCCUCUAUUUCCUGGGGAAAAUGAAGUUGAUCAGCUUUAUGUUAUUCAAAGAGUUCUCGGAGCUUUGACACAAGAGCAGCAGGAAAAAUUUCAGACAAACCCAAGGUUUUUAGGACUCAAAUUUCCAGAGAUAAAUAGGCUUGAAACGCUGGAAAAGAAAUAUCUCGCAAAGCUGGGUCCUUUAGCUAUUGACUUUAUGAAAUGCCUGCUUGCAAUGGAUCCACGAGAAAGGCUAAAUUCAACUGAAGCUCUUCAACAUCCAUAUUUUGACGAUCUACGAGGUCACAGUCCACAAGAAAAAAGUGCUCCUUCACUUUUUAUUAAAACUGAAACCAGUAAAGCGAAAAGUCGAAUUAUUCCUUUACAAAAUGUAGUCAAACCUUCCAAAGGUUUUUAUUUCCCAAAGAAUCAGCCAACUCCAACAGAAAACCGUGGCGCUUAUAUGAGGGCGAAAGAUGAAAACUCUUUUUCAUCAACGCCUCACAUAAAAGAGCCUCAAAGUAUCCCUCAUUACGAUACAAAAUUUGACCAAAGAGGUUUUAAAGGAUCUGAUGGCCGCGCCAAAACGAGGACUACUAAUUUAGUUUCUGAAUCAAAUGAGUUCGAUCCGCCUACAUUUGAAAAGCAGCGAUCGAGGGACUUCUUAAAAUUCGAUGAUGGCCGUACCAAGAAGAAAAAUUUAUCCGAAGAAAAAAUGUUUAAUAUUCAUGAAGAGGAUAGCAAAAUUUCAACAAAAUAUAUGCCAAGAAAGAAAAGCAAAGGGCAGACCUAUGAGUUUCCUUAUGAUGGAGGACUCCAAAGGCAGUCCCACACUCGUGGCCAACUAAAACAAAAUUUCGAAACUGAUCCUAAUUUUCAGUCAGCAAGAGCACUCCCACAAAUACAUAAUCCUAACCCUUAUAUUGAUUUUAACCUAAAAAAGCACAACUAUAGAACUGAAGAAAGUCCAGAUCAAGGAGGCGGCCCUCAUUUGAUAACUGCUUUUCAAGGGUUUGAAGAGCCAUAUAAUUUCCAGAGAAAUAACAAAGUGUACAACUUUGAAGUCCAUUCAAGGCAAAGAGCUUUUUAUUAA